UACCGUAUAGAAUUUCAAUGAUUUAAAGUUGAAAAUCCCAUAAAAGAGCCCUUAUUUACACCAUCGCAGCAAACUCAACUCGAAUGGCGUCCUUAUUGUCGUCUGCUCCUUCCAUUUGACAGUCUCCGUCAUAAAUCCAUCAAUGGCUGAAUCAAUGGGAAUUCUCUCCUCCCUAGUAGUGUUUUGCUUCGUCUUCCCCGCUUUACUAUUGGCUGCCACUGAAGAUAAAGCACGAAUAGAGGAGUUCAAUGAAGAGCUGCUACUUAGACCGUUGCCCGAUCGGAAAGUUCUAGCUCAUUUUCACUUCGAUUCUCAAGCUAAAUUCUCCUCCAACAAUGGCGGUUACCACCCUCAUCUCUUUCCUAAAGCUAUCUAUCAGCUUGUUCACAAGUUUCACAUCAAGGAAAUGGAGCUGUCUUUCACUCAGGGUCGUUGGAGCUACGAACAUUGGGGUGGAUUUGAUGCUAUUUCAAGUAGUAAUGCUAAGCCUCCUGGAGUUGAACUAUGGGCAGUUUUCGAUGCUCCAUUGUCUCAGGUUGAUGCUUUAUGGAAAAAUUUGACCCAUACCCUUUCAGGGCUGUUUUGUGCUUCUAUAAACUUCCUAGAGUCUUCAACUACUUAUUCUGCACCUGACUGGGGAUUUCGAGCAUCAUCAGGAAAUUUGAGGUAUGGUACACUGCCACGUGAAGCCACUUGCACAGAGAACCUGACUCCGUGGCUAAAGUUACUGCCCUGUCGUGAUAAGGCUGGUCUGGCUGAACUAAUGGAUAGGCCAUCUAUUUAUCGUGGAUUUUACCAUUCUCAAAGGCUUCACUUGGUUUCCAGUGGCUUUGAUUCAGAAGGUGUUGAUUCAGAAAUUAAACUUGAACAGACCCUUACUGUUGUUCUCCAGCCUGUGAAUCACAGAUGGGCUAAGACUCAUAGCACUGGCUCUGUCAUGCAACCAAAUUGGUCCGUAAGCACAUUAUUUGGAAGGAAAGUCAACAAUAAAUGUCUGCUUGCGAAAUAUAGCAAUAUUUAUCUUCAACUGGAUGGGGGCCUAGUCUCUGAACUGAAAAACAAGGGACUUGACCAUGAUUUUGUAACUUCAGAAUUUUCGAUCGCUAAUCCAGUGUUUGAGUUAUCUUCUAUGCCUGAUAAGGUGAUUAGAGAAGUCGAUGAUUACUUAAAAAACAAGGAGUCAUCUAUUCUUUAUGCAUUCAUUGAGAACUAUGCUUAUGAUAAACCAUUUGAUUUAGCCCUAAGUUGGAAACUCCCUGUACUUUGGUCAUGUUCCAAAGCACCAUUACUUGCCAAUAGAUUCUUAAUGGGAAGUGGGAACGAACGAGGUGCUAUUGUGAUCUCUUUGAAAUCUUCUGGUCACCAUCAACAUUUAGUAGGUACUUGUGCUUCUGGGGACAAUUGCAAAUUGCAUAUCAAUGUUUUCCAAGUUGUCCCUUGGUAUGUUAAGGUAUAUUAUCAUACAUUACAGAUACAUAUCGAUGGUCAAAUUCAAUCAGCUGCUAAUGUCACCAGAAAGAUGCGUGUUUCCCCUUCUGAAGACAAGGUAUCCCCUGGAGAAUUGGAGUUGUCCUUGACAUUUCCCUGUAGCAUGAAGUCAGCUGCACUUUCUCUGGACUUUGAUAAGGGAUUUUUGCACAUCGAUGAAUACCCCCCAGAUGCCAAUCAAGGUUUUGACAUUCCAUCGGCUCUAAUCAGCUUUCCUGAUUUCCAUUCAAGUCUAAGUUUUGCUGAAGAUUCAAAUGUUUCCCCUUUAUUAUCAAGUUUGCAGAAAAGAAGUCCUGCUCUGGCUUAUACAGAAGUAUUGCUCGUGCCAUUAACAACUCCUGACUUCAGCAUGCCUUACAAUGUUAUCACAAUUACAUGUACAGUAUUUGCUUUAUAUUUUGGAUCACUGCUCAAUGUAGUAAGGAGGCGUGCUAAUGAAGAGGAAAGACUACUAGCAGAAAAAGCCAAGAACAAGGGCAACAAGCUUCAUCAGUUGUUUGCCAGAUUGAGGGGAAAACAAUUGGAAGAGGAACAAAUCUCCCAAGUCUCAUCUUCAUCAACAAGAACUGUUCCUACUAAGCUAUUUUUCAAGGUUGUAGUGGUAGCUCUGAUAGCUGUAGUGUGGCAAUAUUACUUGAGAUAACAAGGAAUCUACCAAAUAGGCACCUUUUUUUUUUUUUUUUUUUUUGUAUUGAAUGUUUUUCAUUUUCUGUACUACAUCUCUGUUCAUAACAAUAUUGAGCUUUAACCUUUUAGAUAUCCGAUUUUGUUCGAUUCAUAGAGUUGAAUCGAUGCCGCUGAGAAGUCGAAUCAGUGUCCUUACUAACGUAAUAAUUUUAUAGUUUACUAGUAUAACACUUAGACACUUUAAUUUUAUUUAAAAUAUUGAAUUUUUUUCAUAAAA